AAUCAGAAAAAAUAAACAUCGUCUAAAAAAGUAAAAUUUGGUUGAAGUUACGGCUCAAAUUGGAGGUAUUUAAUAACUUCAAUUUAUUCCACAUUACUAGACUGCAUUUAUUUAACUUGAGAGUUACUUUUCCCUACAUUCUGCCUCUCAUUCCUGCCCUGGCUCAGGAUGGACAAAGGGAAUUAGCUCUGUCAUUAACGUCCCUCCCAGCACUGUGAUGCCAGGGUUCAAAUCUACUACAAGACAUGAUCUGAUAGCAUUGCACUCAGUGUCUUUUUCUGGUUGCAGAGAUGAAUGACUCAGGACCAUAACCGAGCCUACAUAAUUCUAGAAGCGUUUUUGGCUUAUUUUUCACAUACAGUUCUUUAGGUUUAAUAUAAAAUUUAACUACAGAAUCAGUCAUAAUCUUAGCGCUGAAAUGACCUUAGACGUAAUCUCACCUUUUCACCUGGCAGGGGAGGUGGUAAUGUCUUUAGUGGUCUGCCCAGGCCACACCGUGGUGGGCACCCAAGCGGGAUAGACUCCAGACUCACAUUUGGAGGCCCGCAGCCUCCCUGAGGAAAAAGCCUCUGAGCUCCUUGACAAAAGCAAUUAGGACUUUUGCUCUGUUGUUCGUUUGUCUCCAGCACUUACUCUGUAGCCUUUAGGUUGCGAGGCAUCCGCCUCACUCUGUAGCCUUUAGGGUGUGUUUGAUCUGGAUUCUUAUUCCUACCCGUGGGCAAUAAAGCCUUUCAAUUUGUAAAGGUUUAUUCUACACUAAUGGAAGAAUUCUCAUUUUGUUGCUAUCUAAAUUCAGCCAGGACUCCAAUUCAACUUGAGUUGGCAUUCUGAGAACAUAUCCAUGUUAAGUGUAUUAAGGCACCAAGUGUGUUAAGUAACUUUUUUAUGCGUUGCUUUUCAGGAGUAAGAGGUUUACCAAUCCUAGAUCACCAAGCAGUUUCACAAAUAAACCCUCCAGCAAGUUUAAAAAUAAUUAGGCCCAACUCAGAGGAAGUGGAGUUGCUCCGGUUGCACAAUAAAGAUGUCUAGUGGCUCCAGUGAAGUCGAUGUGAUAAGAACACGAAUCCAUGCUUAUGAUGAUGAUAACACUGUUCUUUAUGCAUAUGAACCAAAUACUGCAUAUUUCAAUAAUGAAAGUGUUAUGUCUGACACAUCCUACAAUGAAGAGCAACAAAAGACAAUUCUGGAUGUCCUUAAUUACUGCCAGGUCAUCUCUGAUGCUAUUCAAAACCUGGAUAAGAAGUUUGAUGUUAUGCAUGGAAAGGUUUCAAAAAUCCACCGUUUUCGUAUGAAGUCAUUGUGGCAAAAUCGUAAGCCACCUGGAUAUGCAUAUAAAAAUUAUAGUUACCUGCUUUCUAGAAAGCUCAAAGCCCAGAAAAUGAGGAAAAGGGAGCUUCAGUCUACAUUCUCUUACCCUGAAAGUUAUAGCCCGACUAUACCAGUACAAAGGCCGCAGAAUGAUUCCCAGGGCAACCUUGUAGGAACACCUUUUCAGCCUGAUGAGUCCCUGCAGCAGGAGCAGAAGCCCUUGAAGCAGGAGCCCUUGGAGCAGGAGCCCCUGGAGCAGGAGCCCCUGAAGCAGGAGCCCCUGGAGCAGGAGCCCCUGGAGCAGGAGCCCCUGAAGCAGGAGUCCCUGAAGCAGGAGCCACUGGAGCAGGAGCCACUGGAGCAGGAGCCACUGGAGCAGGAGCCACUGGAGCAGGAGCCAGCCUUCACCCAGAGCUCGACUUCCCCCCCAUUCUCCCCAUAUUCCUACCAGCCUUGCUACACGCCCGAGGACCGCAUGCAGGGCACCUCCCCCAUGGCUUACUACAGCAGCCCAAGGGCCCGCAGAGGCACUGGUCUCUUCUCACCCACCCGGCCCGUUGUAACCACAUCUGCAACCACGCUGUCCCAGGGUGAAUCCAGUCCAGCACAUAGCUCUGACAUGAUGACCAACCUCCCUAUAAGUCCACCAGUUGGAACUGACCCGGAUGCCCUCAGACCAAACUUCCCUGAAGACCCUUCAACCUGGACUGUGGAUGAAGUAGUCCUGUUUCUGAGAUACGUAGAUCCUCAUACAGUCGUUCCCCUGAUGAACCUCUUCAGGCAACACGCCAUUGAUGGGAAAGCUCUGCUACUGCUCAAGAGUGACAUGAUGAUGAAGUACAUGGGGCUCAAGCUGGGGACAGCCGUGAAGCUGUGCCACUACAUUGAAAGGCUUAAAGACGACAAAUAGACGUUUGAACAACUGUGUGUAGAUUAGAUUGGGCUUAAUUCUGGGGAGACCAAUGCCAUCAUUUUUCUGCCCUAAGAAGUUCUUGUUGUGUAGAAUGUUCCUCUAAAAUACGGUGUAUCCAAAAUUGCAGAACCCUGGAGCAGUCCAAUCUACUUUAGUAGCCAUUUUAAUGCGUUAGUGCUAGCAUAGUCAAACUGGUGGUUUGUUCGUUAUCUUUUCAUUAUUUUCAUUGUGUAGUUUACAGAUACACUUCAUGCAGGAAACAGAGAAACACCUUUGAUUUUGGUUAAUGUUUAUAUGUAAAACCAAAACAGCCAAAUCCCAAAGGGGAAAGUAAUCAGGGAGGGACUGACAGGCUCUCUGAUGAAAGCCAUGAGAUGUUUUCCUUAGAAGAGAAUUUAAAGAUGCAACUAUAGAUAUCGUCUCUUUCUCAAUAUUUUAUGUUUGUUACUGCAACAUUCUGUUCAUGUUCUACCAUUUUCCCGAAAGGGACUAGCCACAUAAAUUAUUUUCCUUUCUGUUAUUAUUUCACUGUAUGUUUUAUCUCUUCCUAUUUAAAGGGGAAAAAAGCAGCCUUUUAAGAUUUUGUGAAGUGUCCUUACCAGUUCUUUUUAAAUUAUAAGGUAGAUAGUCAUUAUAUGCAACAGGUAUUACACUACAAGGGUGGUUUGGAUGGAGUCCGACUAUAUUCUUUUCAAUUAAAUACAUGUUAUUUUAAAACUUCCACAUGUUGUCCAAGCUUGGACAUUUAACUAGGCACUCAUUGCUCACAUCGCUCCAUGAAGAUGCCUAUGUCUGAGUUUUUUAAAGAUGUAUUUUAUUAUCUGUUUAUUCCUCAUAUGGAUGCUGUUUCAUAUUUAUAUUUUAUUCUGUGUCUGAAGUAUACACACAAGUAAAUCUUUCCUUUUUUAAUUUAAAAUGGCACUUUACACUUCCACAGAGGUAAAGAUCAACUCUAUAUAUAGUGAGUUUUUUCAAUUCUGUAAAACAUAUGUACAUCGUUUGCCGUCACUGGUACCUCUCAGCUCACACUUCCAGGGUUUCCAUACAGGGAAAUUCUGUCUUGUGCGAUGUUUCUAGUUAAUUUCCUUUCUGAGCCAUUUAUCCUACUAAACUCGAAUUCAUUCUGAUCUGUCAUCUUAAACUUUAUCUUAAAAAUUAGAACUUUCAAGUGGAACAUGUUCAUUGUUUUAUUUAUUACGUUGUUAUAUUGUAUAAUAUUUAGUGUAAUGUUUAUAAGCUAUGAGAAAUGGUGCUAAUUGUAUUAGUCAUUUGUUAUAAAUGCCAAUAAGAUGUUUACCGGGGUUAAGAAUAUACAUUUCCUUUUUAGAAAACCAAGUAUAUUUUAUAAGCAAAUGUAACUAUUUACUGGGCAUAUAUGAUUUAAAGAGCUUUUUCACCUGUUAUUUCUUUUGUGUUAUAAGACAAGAUUCUAAUUUAAACUUGGUCUUCUUACAAAUUGUUUGCGUGAAGAUUCUGUGCCCACUUGAACAGUCCUCAGGUGUUUGUAUAAAUACUAUGUUUUACAGUUUUUAGAUUUUAAAAUAUAAUAAAGUUCAGUAACCACAACCA